AUGCUAUUCUGGAUAUCCUCAAUUCCCCCAGUAUGUUUCACUAUCUCAAGCGCAUUAUUCUGUGUUGCCAUCCACCUUCCCUACAAAGGUCGACUGUAUGUCUCGCCACUGCUAUUCGGCAGCGCAAUCCUCUCGCUGCAUACGAGCCCCUACCUCACAUGGCUCACCGACGGCAUCCUCGUGGCUAGCGACAUACAAAAUUUGGACGAUCCGCAGCGUCGCAUGAGUCCCGGGCUUCCACCACGAUACAAGCGUGCCAAUUCAUUCUCCAGUCGUACAGGUUUCACAUUCCACAGAAUCGCCAAGGUCAUCCUCUGCUGGACUUUUCAGCUCAUCUUCAUCGGCCCUAUGGUUCCCAUUCAUUUCAACUUCACCGCACAAGACUUCGCCCCCUCCCGCAAAGUCUUCUUCCGUCGCCUGCUACCUCUUUAUAACAACUAUCGCCCUAUUACCUUCCGCUAG